CUCAGUAGAUAUCAGCUGAAUUAUUCGGCUAAAAUGCCCUGGCACGGGCAUACGUAGUCGUCGGUCCGCCAUUACGACGCAGCCGAAGACACGUUCGUCGUAUUUAGUUAAAUAUUUUCGUUUAUAAAUGAGUAAUAACGCUCAUGAACUAAGUAAUCGACUUCUGAAUGCGUUGGAUAACAAUUACAAUGUAAGUUUCCGAGUUUUGAUGAGCAUAAGGCCGACAAACGAGUAAUGAUACGAAAACGUUCCACGAGCCCGUGACACCCGAUUCGAUGUUGCGAUCCGAACAGCGGGGAGGUCGCCUCGGUAGUUCCUUGUGCUGUGCAAUACCAUACGAGUGUUCGAUGUCCGUUCAGUUUGAAUAUGAAGUUCGAUAUGGGUCGCGGAGCGGAAACGGCGCGUCUGGAUACGAGCGUUACGAGCUCGGUGGGGCCACUGACGUCGUCAGCCCCGUCCCUCCGUCCCUAGUGCCAAAAAUUUUGCAAUGUGAAAGUACGAAAUUGUGCCACGCGUGACCUUUCCCGUAUAUUUUUCGAGUCGUUUGCGUCGCGACGCUGUGGCAGUGGUGAUGUUUUCCAUAAGUUCAGAUUGUAUGUAAGUAUGUAGAUGUAGUGUUGGACGAGCGCCUGGCGGCGACAGCGCCGUCCGGGGCUCGUGGUGGUGUUUAUUACCCUCGGCGAGGCGCGCGGCGCUGUGCACGGCGAGUGAUUGCGUCAGGGUUGCUCGUUUUCAUAACGUUGUGCUAUAAACCUUGCUGCUGGUGAUCCGCGACCGUCGCGCCAUGGGGAACGCACACUCUAACGACGUUUGCUGUCGACUAAACUUUAUCUUCCGGUUUCUUAUCUCGCCUCGAUUACAAUUUUCAUAUUGGUUGUCGACAUGCAAGCGGUUAAUGAAAUUAUAUCCAUUUUGGAGAGAAUCAAUAUCACAAAAGAGCUGUUGGAGACCACCAGACUGGGCAAACACGUGAACGAGCUGCGACGGAAGACCUCUGAGCCGACCCUCGCGCGCCGAGCCAAAGUGCUCGUGAAGCGGUGGCGCGACCUCGUCAUACCGACCGUCGCGUCGCCGAACCAGACCGGAUCGAACAGAUCGUCAGCGGAGCGGCAAGUCCGUCGGCUCGGCGGGACGCCGCUCACCUCCCCGGCGCUGUCGCGGAAUGCGGUGAGCCCGGCGGUGCCCAGUCCGCGCCCCGUGUCGCGUCAAACAUGGGGCGGCUACGAGUCGGACUCGCAGGACGUGAUCCUCGUGGACGACGACCCCCCGUCCAACCCGGCCCUCGCGCCCCCCCUGCUCAACAUCGCACAGAAACCGCUCACACCUCCUGUGAAGAGGCCACCCUCCUCUGAACCUUUGUACGACGAGAAAAAAGCGAAAAGAGAUAAAAAACCCAAAAAAAGAAGGGGCCACGGUCGCGCCGGGUCAGGUGCGGAGUCAUCGGCGGGACCCUCGCCGGCGCCGGCGGGUGCGGGAACAGGGGUCGGCGUCCCCGCCGCCUGGGGCGUAAGGAACGGCGCUGGCGCGGCGCCCCCCACGGCCCUGGCGGCGACCGCGCCUGCAGCCGGGCCUGGCGCGGCGGCGGGGGAGAGGCGCGCCCGCAACGGGUGCCGCCGCGACGCGCUCGACCCCUACGCCGCGCUCGCCACGCGCAUGCCGCCCGCCGGAGGGAAGAAGGUGAAGACAACGAAGGAGCUGCUGGAGCAGAUCCAGUCGCGCGGCACAAAGCCCGCGUCGUCGGCCGGCUCGCCCGCCUCGCCGCGCUCCCCCGCCUCGCCCGCCUCGCCCGACGUCAUGCUCAUAGAGCCAGACUCGGUUCCGAUUAAGGUGGACUCACCGCUGCGCAACGGCGGCUCGUCCCCUCCACCGCUCCCCGCGGCGGCCGCGUCCCCCGCGCGCGCCCGCUCGCCCAUGCAGCCCCUGGAGGACGAGCGCGAGUACGUAGAGUGCACGUGUGGCACGGAGGAGGAUGCGCUGGACCCGGAGUGCCCGGCGGCUGCGCGUGGGCCGGUGCUGCCGCUGCACGUGCGUGCGCUGCACAACACGCUGGUGCCCGGCGUCAACGGCACGCGCGCGCCUUUACACCCGCAUCAGUUCGCCGUGCGCAAGCCCGAGCACGCCGACUGGCCCGGACUGUUCGCCAGCGUCGUGCCGCUCUACAAGUACUCGGACUACGCGGACGACUACUGCGCCAAGAACAUGGCCGCGGUGCCGCUCUGCACUCACCUGCCUUGGACGGAGUUCGCGCCGCCGCCGCCCGACCUGCCGCCGCCGCCGGAACCGCCGCCACUCAGACCUUACCCGAUAGACGACGAGGUGGAAGUCAAGGCGGAGCCGAAGGAAGAGGGCGACGACGAAAGCGAGGAUGCCGAAUCGAAGCCGGAGGCGGAGUGUCCGAAGAUGGAGCCGGAGAUGAUCGGCGUGCCGAGCCUCGAGCCGAGCGAGAGGCUGAAGGCCCCCAUCCUGUCCGCCGAGGACGAGACGCAGUUCGGCAAGAGCGAGCCGGGCGUCGAGCUCGACGUGCAGGACGCGUUCAAGACGGAACCGCAGGAGCACCGCACCGUCGAGAGGACGAAAGAGGAGCCGCUGGACGGGCGCGCGCUGCACGCGGAGUGCGUGCGGUGCGCGGCGGCGGUGCGGUACGACUACGCGCAGCUGCAGCCGGCGCCCGUGCUGGCGCUGCCGGCGGCGGAGGCGGCGCUGGCGGCGGCGCUGGCGGCGGUGGACGCGGCGGAGCGGGACGCGCUGUGCCGGCCGGCGCGGCCGCCGCGGUUCGCCGAGUGGCACGAGUGCGCGCGGCUCGGCGACCUCGUCGCGCUGCCCUACGUCGUCAUCGACUGACGCACUCUCGCCGCCGCCGCAAACACUAAAGUGUCCUUAUAUUAGCUCUAACGUGAUAUUGUAUAUAGGAGUGUAUGAUGGCUCGAAUAUGUACAUACAGUUUGUAAGUUAGCGAAUGUAGUUAGGCGACGAGAUGCGGCGCGCCGCGGCGGCACCACUCGCACACGACUACUGACACUAAAACUAAAUAGAUUUAAUCUCCAUGAACCCUUCCACUCGAGUGUUGUUGUUGUUAUUCAAUUUGAUAUUGACUCGACGUGUUCUAAAAUUUUGCUAUAUUAAAAGUUAUGUUAAAUGCGUCUUUAGCUUGAAAGGGAAACGUGCAAGCCAAAAUUAUAAAGUUUUAUCAAAGUUAAAAAUACUUUCGAAUUGCUCAAUUAUCGAUUUAUGUGCGUUUCCGAAAGAAUUCAAAAGACUAUCAUUUUUCUACAAAUUAAGCAAAAAUUUACAUCUUACUUGCUAAAACAAAACUUUACGCAAAAAAUGCCUUAUACUUUUCGCUGCAAACGUCCGACACACGAUCCCAAAGAGCCAGCAGUGUGUCGCCGCGUACCCCCCGCCCCGCCGCGGCCGCACUCCACACGCACUCACGCGCACUCCACACGCACCGCCGCACCAAUCAAUGUCUCGCUUUUGACAACCAUUUACGCGCCAAAAUUAUAAACGACCCUAUUUUUUUUAAAUUACGCAAGCUAGUGGCAUAUUUGUGUUGUGGCGAGGGAUAGAUCUCUUGUCAAACGACACCAUCUUGAGUCCACUCUUAUCUCAAGUGCAAAGAGGUCAUUUUGCCGCGUUCGUGAGCUACCGUGUGCGCAGAAACAAACUUUUUAAAAAUCUCUUAUAUGGAUAUAACGGAAUGGAUAUCAAGUACCAUAGAGAACUAUAAUCAUCUUGUUAUAAAAAGGAAGUCAUUCAGUAAUUGAUAUUUUGGCCUUAUAUAAAUUCUGCGAACGGCGGAAAAGGCGAAAAUGCGCCUCUAUGUCCUUGUAAUAAGUUUAAAAUCAUUGAAAAAAGCAAAUACAUUACUGCUUAGAAAAAGACUAAACUGCCACUGCCUCUGUUUAUGAAAAUCUUUAUAAAUAAAUGGUUAGUGAUAUAAAAAUAUUUUUUAAAAAGGGGAUUAAAAAUGGCACAUUUGUUUCUAACACCCGAUCGAUCCCAAUUUUAAUCUUCAAUCUGAUUCCGAAAUUAAACCAAAAAUAACUCACUUGUCAGCAAGUCAUGUUUCCUGGUGAUAGGAUAUAUUUUAUAUCCGACCGGAUAACGACCACCGCACACUAUGAGUUAAAACCGCCAUAGUGGCCUACGAAAGUGUCGCGUUCCGGGAUCAGUGUGCAUAUCCAGUUCCAACAAGCCGGCAUAAUUGUGUUGACUGUCGAAGAGUAAUCAUCUCUCGUCUGUCGACAUUCUAUUAGAUACCACUUCACUUACCAUUGUCAUUUUGCCGAUCACAAAUAAAAAAAAACAAAUACUUUGUUGUUAUUAGUCUAUUUUAGAUCUAAAAAAGCGAUUGGGAUCGUUUGUAGAAAAUGAUAGUAAAACAUUAUACUGAUAAUCUUAAAUUGGCAUGGAGUUCCUUGAGCUACUCGACAGACUAUGGGUCAGGCUUGACUGAAGAAUAUCAACAAUGUAACUUGGACAUAACAGUACUUUUUAGCUGGCACAGAAUUAUAUUAUAGCAAGCACUUACGAGGCCAAAACAACAAAAAAAGAUAAUCAUAUUGCUAAGUAACCUAAAACAAAAUGCAGGGCAGAUAAAUCAAAUAUCUCUAAUUGUCUUUACAAAUUCUUAAAUCAAUAUGACUGCCUCUUCACUACUGAUUGCAACAGUUAUAUACUUACAUAGUUUCCGGACAUUUACUGGCGACAAAUUCCCGAAACCAAACACCAGUAUGCGAGCACUGUUUUGAAUGAUGAAAACCAGCAUACUCAAGGCCUAUCAAUAUUUCAUAUUGAGUGCAGUGUGGUGUACUGAACUUUGUUCAAAGUAUUGAGGCCCAUGUUCACAAACUUGGCCAAGUGCGACGCAAUGCUGUGAUAAUAAGUCUGUUUCUCAGCUCGUAAGCAUGGGAUAGAACGAGGUGCUGUGAUUGGUUAAUAUUGAAAUGCAACUUCUGUUGGCGGUCAGAUAAACAAAGCCAAAGAAUACUAUGACAUUGCCAACGAUGCGUCAGCGCACUGUGGGUCCUCAAAGUAUUGUUCAAUACGGAUGAGGAGUUGUUAAUGCGCAGUCAUGACUGUUGCAAUCAGGAGCUUGUCACCAAUGGCGUAGCUAGGUAACCAAGGUCCCUGAUUAAACUUUUUGGGUAGGCAAGAUGCUUUGUCAGUUUCCUAGGAUAGUCCUAUAAAAAGAUCACUGGUCUAGAUGGCCUUCUCCCAGUGCAUUGCAGCGUCUAGCCCGGCUCCUCCCGACAUUUAAGUGAAUCAAAAGGAAUCAUUUAAGUGAUUUUAACUUUAUAUAAAUCAGGUUCUAAUUGAGGUGGUAGGAAAACAGCUUGUAUUAUUCGAUUCGCAAGAUAUUCCGUCCAAAAAACUGAUGACCGAGUUUGUAUAGGAAUUCUUUUGUAAAGUAAAUCUGGAAUGUCAUGCGGCUUGUUCUAACGAGGCGGUACAUACAAUAUCCAGCAAUUUGCCGGCAUAGUGAUUAAAACCGUCGAUUCACUCCGGUUGGUUCUUAUUAUGAUCGCAGUUGACAUCAAGUACAAUGUAUUUGCUGUGUUUGGUUUAUCAAGGUAUUCAAAUUAUAUCAUAUUGGGCGUUCAACUUAUGAAUUUUCGGCCAUAUUGGCCGGCUUUAGCAUUCAAUAUUAAUUAUAGGUUAGCAUCUCAUUAUCCAUAUUAAGAUUUAAAUAGACUGAAAAUAAGCUUCAACGCGUUUAUUGAAGUACAAAACAAUACCUUUUCUCAGCGUGAGCUACUUUGAUAUCAUGGAUCCUAAACUCAUGAAAUCAGUAUCAUCCAUUUGUGGAAAAACUUAUUUUAUAGCCAGCAUUAAUGUCCCAAAUACAUUUACAACUUUGCCUAAAGCCUUUUAUCAGUGCUCCUAAAAAUAUCCAAACUAAAAAUCAAUUCUUAUCGAUAAAAAUCCUCAAACACAAAAAUGAAAAUUGAAGCAAUAUUUCAUUAUGAAUAAAAUAAAUUGAAUAUUUUUGUAUUGAAUUAAAUGUGCUCUACAGAGGGAAAAGUAAUUUAUCCUAGUACGGGAAUCAUUUAAUAAUAUACUUCCGAAUUUGUAAUAGGUCGUCAAAAGCAGACACUCUCGCGCAAGGGCGGCGCGUGCGUUCAAUAACAGAUGAUUUGUCAUAAUUAUUGUAAGUCAAAAGCAUCGUUGCAACGUGUUUUAGUCAUGUAUAUUUAUUUGUAUUGUUUUAGGCAUCAAACUUAUCCUUAUUUCGCGGUGGAUCGCUUACCUUAUGACUCUCAUUUGUAACCUAAGUUAUUGUACUUUAAGUUUAAAUUCCAAUAUUUUCCCCAGUCGAACCAUCGAAAAAAAACGUUUUCCAAGACUAAAAUAUAUAGUCAAGCCAUAAACCAAAAAUCAAAAACUAAUCAAGAAUCUUCCAUAUUUUGUUAUACUGCCAUAUUUUUUUGGAAAAUGAAUUAUUGUGAGUCGAUAUGCGAUAUUGUGAUUAGUCACAUCGAAGCCCAUAUAGGUUACCAAAAAAAAUUAAAACAAAAAACCAAAUAAAAAAUAUUAAAACGAUAAUAAAAUGUAAUCUAGUUUGUAAACAUGUCUGAGAUUUCCUAGGUAAUGUUAAAUAUGCGUUAAUUCAUUAACCAACGAGAUUAUCGAUUAUUCCAACAAUGCUCAUAAUAUUACCGAUAUUCACCUGCAUUUAGUCUCAUAAAUCGAUUAGACUGAUCACAAUCGAUUCGCAAAUCGAUAUCAUUCGAUUCCUAUAGCGAUCCGCCGCAUAUUAUUUCCUUAUAGCAUAGCAGAAAAUUAAGAAAAUUCCUUACACAAUGACUAUAAAGGCAAAACGUCUAGACUGUUAUUCGUAUUUGAUUUAUAUUGUUACCGAAUGUGAUCGAAAGAAAUGAAAAAAAAAUUAGGUAAUUAAUAAUUAAAUAGGAGUUCCAAUUGUAUAAUAUACAUAUAUAUUGCUAUAUCAUUAUGGUGAAGAAUAUCAUUGAAUUACGAGUGAAAAUGAACUUGGAUACAGUUUUAAUGCGGCGUCUAUUGCUAAGAGAAAUAUAGAUAUAGAUUUUUAUUUUAGGCGAGUUUGUAUACUGUAAACUGCGUCUUGAGUUCAUGUCUAGAAACAUUUCAAUUGAGUAACCUGUUUUGAACAUUUUUCUAUUGUCACUUGGUUCUGAUUGUCUUAGAGUACAUAAUGUUGCCUCAAAAUACUUACCAUAUUGUGUAUUUGGGAGAUUUUUUGUCAUUCCAGUUUAAAUAACGUUCUGGUUUGUUUUCUUCUGAACAAUAAAAAACAAUACACUGUUUUAUUAAAACAAAUAUGUAAAUGGCUUAUUGUGCUUUCGUUAGUUGACGCUACAGUAUCGAUGACGUAUACAAAGUCGCCUAAUGUUCAAUAGGUAAAUGUGUUCACAUUCAUAGUAUAUGCAAAAUUCUGUCGAUGUGAUAAAGUUGUUGGUUUCCAUGCAUAGAUAUAUUUUUGCACUUUCACAGCCGCGUUGGAACUGUUUCAAACUAACUAGUUUUUAUAAAUAAUAAUGUCCGAGAUACCGAAUUAUUGUUUUUUUUUUCUAAUAAUUCUGAUGUCCCAUAGGUAAUGGAGUGAGAAAUAGUGUUGUUUUUUUUAAACAUAGUACAUAUUUAUUAUUCUAAGAUGUAUUCACGUUUAUUUUUGUGACAAUUUCGGUAUCUCGGAUGUAAAUGAAUACUCUUGACGUCGUGUUUGUGCGCGUUGUGUAAUUUUUAAAUUUGGAAAUUGUUAUAACGGUUUUUCAUUAAUCCAGAGAGAGAAAAUUCUAGAAAUCUUAAUUUAAUUUUUUUCAAAAAAAUAUGAGAUCCAGAUAUAUGCACUCUGUAUUUGUGCAUUUAUUUGCUAUAAAUACAAAUUUUGCAUUGAAAUACGGUUUUAAAAAUACUUUCCUACAGUUACAAGUCUGCAAUUCAUAGCACGGACUUUCUCAUUGGACACCAACCCUUUGACCACCGUACACAAGGUGUUAAAACCCGCCACAGCCGCCCACGUAAGUGUUGCAUUCCGGGAUCAGCUUGUGAAUAUCCGCUUUUAACAGGCCGGCAUAACUGUGUCGACCGUCGAGGGGUUAUCUAUCGUCAGUCGUCACUCUAUUAGACCACACUCCAUUUACCAUCAGGUGCAGUGAGGUCACUUGCACUGCGUGCGUAAAAAAACAGCCUAUAUCGAAAUUGUAGCAGUUAGAAAAUAUCUAAAUACAAUAAAUAUAUAAGUUUACAUAACGCGCAUAAACAUCAGACUGAAAUUGACUGUACAACAUUAUAACAAAGAUUGUGUGUUGAUUUACAUAAACGGAUUUGAAAUAGUCGCUUCUCUGUAUUCAAUAUAUUUUGAAUAUAUUAUCAUUUACCAUAAGAUUUCAUGAUUUUGUUUAAACGAAUUUGUUACAUGAAUUUUUGUUUGAUUUUACCAGUUUUUGUAGUGCAAGCUCUGUCGGAUUUGAUUGUGGACUGGCAGUCGUUGGUAAAAUUAUAGUUCAUCUCUGUAACAUGAGUAAAAGGUAUGUCGAGUCGACCGUACAUUGACUUGGCUUGGGAUAGGAGUUAAUUAAUGUGUUGUUAAUGUGUGAGGUGAAGUGUAUUUGUGUGAGUGUUAUCAUAUUGCGUUCAGGAGACCUGAUAACCAAAUAUCUGUAAAAUAAAAUUGUAAAAAUAAUCAUUCCCUGUUUAAGUUGAUAGAGAUGCGACUAUUCCACUUUUUAUGGUUUGUUUUAAAAACACUGUUUAUUUCAAAGGUUUAGUUUCAUAUUUUGGUAUCAAGAUUUUUUUUUUUCUAUUUGUAAUUUUUUCCGCAGUUCCCUUUCAUCUUCUAUUCAAAGCAUUUUCACAAUCCAGUAUGCAUUUAAAACUUAAACAAAAGAAUCCUACUUCCUAUCUAUUGUAAGGAAAUACCAUAAUACAGUCAAUCAUAUUUUCACUAAACUGAUAUAUCUUCGUUUUCUAAUUACAGUGUUUUUAAAACAUUCCAAAAUAAUCAACACAUUAGAUUAUAUGUAGUUAUCGAUGGGCCGUCAGUAAAAUAUGCCACGAACAUAUUGUCCACAUUAUUUUGUUUGUAAAAUCAUGUUUGCGUUCGUCCGUACCAAUGUAAUGUCGUCGUGUGCUUUACCGACGGCCUGGCCAACGGGAAUGCGUUGCAGAAAUUAUCCAAAUAAAGAUUAUUUUCUAGUUUCGGUGGGCGAUGUCCCGCGACGUGUAAUGCGUCGCCGUCGGCUGCCCGAACUAAGCGCUCGCAGCGGGUCCGUCUCACAACCAAUUUGUGUGCCACAAUUAUUUAUCUACGAAAAUUAUAUUUGUACAGAAUCAUUCAUUGUUUAUUGAAAUUGAGUAUUUUGUUUGAAACAUAUCUAGGUGUCCAAAAAGUCGGUCACGCGACGCAAUUUGUGCCAAUGUUUGUAAGAUACGAAUAGGGAAUAUGCGAUUUGUUAUUUUCGAGACGUUAAUGUAUUUUUGCUUGAUAGUUCUGCUAUCUUUCCAUAUACUAUGCUCAAAGGUUGCCAUACUAAAAAAGUAAAAUACUAAAGCAUUUAUAUUAGACAAAUAAAAAAUACAUAAAUGUCUCGUUAAAUUAAAUAUUUCGCGAGAACGUAGAUGUUUAUCGUUUACGUGGUUAUGACAAUAAAAUUGUAUGUAUAGGGUCGAGCGCGAUCCUCAUUUAUCAGCAUAUUUGUUGAUUUGUAGAGAUUGAUGUUUGUUUGAAUUGACGUUACCCGGUUCACGACUAUGUUGGCUGAGAAAGGAAUGAGUACUCCAUUUUUUGUUGCUAUUUGUUACUAUUAUAAUUAAUUCUUUUUCGUUCCAAAAGACUAUAAUGUUAAUAGGCAAUGUUGAUUCUCAUAUAUUUAAUAUCUUGAAGAUUUAAUAUUUUUGAAUAGCAUCAUGUCCAUUUGUUUCUCAGUCGGCUUGUUGGCAAUGUAAUUAGUUAUUGUUAUAUUUAUGUUCUGGUGUCGCUCUCUGUGUUGUCGGUUGUGAGACGGACCCGCUGCCGCGGCGCAGAACCAAAAGGCCUUACAUUUAAUGCGCGGGUGAAGCCGGGCGUUGAGCUUGUAUAAAUAAUGUAACCCGCAGACUGCCUUGUUGGACUCGAUCCAAAAUUUUGGUAAAAUAUAAAAAGCAAAAUAUAUGUGUUUUUAUUAUGA